CCUCAAUGCAGACCAUUUCGAGCUUUUGGCAAAAGUACUCCACAUUGAGAAUUACCAUUCCUAGCUUUAAAUGUUUAUACUCCAUCAAAGGACAAAAGAAGAAAAAUAAAGAGGGAGGGAGAGUGAGAUCUCUUCUGGUGAAGGUCCCAGGUAUUUUUUGAUUCAAACAACAAGGUGCUGUUGGCCACAAAAAUAUAAAACCACAAAGAAGAAAGAGCAGAAGGUUUCUUUCUUUUCGCCAUUUUUGGUCCCACAUUUUUGUAUCUUUUUUUAGACCCAAGAAAAAUCAUAUUUUUACAAGGAAACCACUGAGAAAAAAGGAUCAGAGUUUCUGGGUUUUGCAACUUUCAGUCAGCACUGAGUUUUGGGUUUAGUAUGAUCCCUUGAAUCUGCCCUGUUUUGCGUGUUGAAUGAGAUGCAGGCUGAAUGUGGUAAGAAAAAAGUUGUGUUCUUUUGGGGCCUCUGAUCCUGAAUAUUUACCAGGAAGGAUAAAGGCCAAAAGGGUUGGAGGAAAGUGCCUUUUUGGUCACAAGAGUCUGCAGAGAGUGAGUAAUUUGCAUAAAAAGAAGGAAAAAUUGCUCCUUUUUGGAACUUUUUCUCUUUUGGUGGGUGGAAAAUGAGAUUGCAAGUUGAAGCGUAAAAAUAGCGACAGAGAAAUGCAGAGAACCCAUGUUUUGUAUUUUCCUUGUGAAUGUCGUUGGUGUGGUUUGAGAUCAGAGAGCAUGUGGAAUUUCUGUUCAUAGUCUGUAGGAUGAUGUGGUUGGAGUAGUUUUUGGUAUGCUAUUGUAAUCUUGGUUCUGUUGGAAUAGUUUUCAUAGUGUUUGAGUAGGGGAGUAAUUCAGAAUGGCGAAAGAUGAACAAGAAAUGAGAUCGUUGGCCUUGAUUCCAACAUGGUCUGUUGCUACUGUGUUGACAAUUUUGUUGGCUGCUUCUCUGCUUGUGGAGCGCGGAAUCCAUAGGCUAAGCUAUUGGCUGCGGAAAACUAAUCGUAAACCCUUGCUUGAAGCUGUGGAGAAAAUGAAGGAAGAGUUGAUGUUACUUGGGUUUAUCUCUCUCCUUUUGACGGCUACCUCAGGCAUGAUAUCCAGUAUUUGCAUUCCAUCAAAGUUCUACGAUAGCAAUUUUUCACCAUGCUCUAGGUCUGAGAUUAAUGAAGAAACUGAAAGUAAUUCGUCCCAAGAAAACCGUAUUCCCUGCAAAGAGGGUUAUGAACCAAUUGUUUCAUAUGAAGGCCUUGAGCAGUUGCACCGCUUCAUCUUUAUCAUGGCAAUAACACAUAUAUCCUACAGCUGCUUAACGAUGUUGCUGGCAAUAGUGAAGAUUCACAGCUGGAGAGUGUGGGAGGAUGAGGCUCGAAAGGACCGACAUGAUUCAUUGACUGACUCUGUAACAGAGAUCACACGGCAGUUGACAAUGCGAAGGCAGUCUAGCUUUGUAAAUCCGUCAACUCCUGUUGUCAGGAACGACAUUUUUAUCUGGGUGAUAUGUUUCUUCCGGCAAUUCGGGCAUUCAGUGUUUCGUGCUGACUAUUUAACACUCCGCAAGGGUUUCAUCAUGAAUCACAACCUUUCGCCAAAGUAUGACUUUCACAGCUAUAUGAUUCGGUCUAUGGAAGAGGAAUUCCAAAGGAUUGUUGGUGUGAGUGCCACACUCUGGGGAUUUGUUGUUGCUUUCAUGCUGCUUAAUGUAAAAGGGUCUAAUCUUUAUUUCUGGAUUGCAAUCAUUCCAAUUGCGCUAGUUCUUCUUGUGGGAAUGAAGCUGCAGCAUAUUAUUGCAACCCUAGCAUUGGAGAAUGCUGGUAUAACUGGAUCUCGUCGAGAAGGAAAGCUGAGGCCUCGGGAUGAUCUUUUCUGGUUCAAGAAGCCUGAACUUUUGCUGUCCUUGAUCCAUUUUUGUUUAUUCCAGAAUGCAUUUGAAUUGGCUACAUUCUUUUGGUUUUGGUGGCAGUUUGGGUAUAAUUCUUGCUUUAUCCGAAAGCAUUGGCUCGUGUAUAUGAGGCUGAUUUUAGGGUUCGCCGGGCAGUUCUUGUGCAGCUACAUCACCUUGCCACUGUAUGCCUUGGUUACUCAGAUGGGAACGAAUUAUAAGGCGGCAAUAAUUCCACAAAGGAUAAGAGAAACAAUUCAUGGAUGGGGAGAGUCAGCUAGGAGAAGAAGAAGGCUAGGCAUGUACAACGAUGGUUCAACCAUUCGCACAGAAGCAAGCACAGAAGUAUUGCUCGAGGAAGAUGAUCAUCAAACGCUCGAUUGCCCUGCAGAUGAUGCUAAUACGCAUGAUGGAAUUGAAGUGCAAUCGGUUUCUAGUUCUCCGGCCAGUCCUUGCCCGGUUGAUAAUGAAACCUCAAGUACGCCAGCUACACCCCUUCUUCAACCAUCGGCUUCUAUUUCUUCUUCAUCUGUUACAUUGACUAUUCAAAGAGAAGGUAUUCAAAGAUCCGCAUCAAUGCCAGCUAGAAGGGAAUGAAGCAUUGUGAAGCAUUGCUCAGCAAUGAUGGUAACGAAAAAUCGCAUGACUAAGAAUUUGGGAUCCAAUUGAAUAAGAAAGUAUUAGAAAUGGGAAUUGUGUAUAUUUGGCUUCCCUCCAUAUGUACUAUGAAAAGUACUUAAAAAGGGCGUAGAGGUAAUAGAAUACUCGCGGGAUGUAACAAUGCGACACGAUAUUGCAGUAGUUAGAAUGUAAAUAUUUGAUGUAAUAGCUAUAUAUAUGAAAUUUAGUGUGUCACUGACUAGUGAUCAAUGAUGCGAGCUUGGGGUGAUGUUCGAAUGUAACUUGACAAUGAGACAUCUUACUGGUGUUACUUAUCAAGGUGAUGAAUGUACCACCGGGGCAAGUUUUUGCCCGGUUUGAUCAAA